AUGGCGCGCAAGAACUCAGAGCAGCCACGCCUACCGAGCGUUUCGCCUCAGGUAUCCGCACAACCACCUAACAACAACCCUAUGGAUUACGGAGCCGUGUCACGACGUCCGAACCAUGUGACCAAGAAGUUUGUCCUGUGCUUCGAUGGUACAGGCAACAAAUUCUCAGGCACAGACUCCGACAGCAACAUCCUCAAGAUCUAUCGCAUGCUCGAUCGCAAUGGGGAUGAUCAGUUCCAUUACUACCAGCCCGGAAUCGGUACAUAUGUUACGAAAGCCAAUGGAUCCAUGACCCGAACAGGUCGAUGGGAAAAGUUCCAGUCAUGGUACGCGAAGGCAAAAGAUAGCGCAAUAGGAACUUCAUUCGAUCAGCAUGUCAUGGCGGGAUACAAGUUCCUAAUGCGAUACUAUACACCUGGCGAUGAUAUCUUCUUCUUCGGCUUCUCGCGUGGUGCAUAUACCGCUCGCUUCCUCGCAGAGAUGCUUGAUCAUGUUGGUCUCCUCUCUAAAUGGCAAUGUAGAUUACCGGACGAAAAAGGCGGCAAAGAUCGCAAGCCAGGCGAGAAAUCUGAGAAGCUAAAGCUUCUGGAAUUCAUGUGCGCGUUUCGCGAGACGUUCAGCCGUCCCGUCAAACCCAUUCGGUUUCUGGGCCUCUUCGAUACAGUCAAUUCCGUGCCUGCUUUCGAGAACGCCUGGAUGCAACGUAGCAGAUUCCCCUACACCGCAAGAAGCAGCGCCCACGUAAUACGACAUGCAGUAUCCAUCGAUGAACGACGCGCAAAGUUCAGACAAGAUCUCAUCUCUCAAGAGAAGCCCGACCGGUCAAUGUUGUACAAGCAUCGCCACAGACACCAGCAGCACAUGAAGGAUCUGAUCCAUGGUGAUCAUGAAGACCAUGACCUAGACGAGAAAGACCACGACGAACAGCAGAGUAGAGGUCGGCGAGAUACAUUGGCACCACCACCUGAGCGUUACAGAGAUCCACAUGAGACUUCAGGCGUACGCAGCCGGAGCGCGGACUGCUCCCAGCUUGAUGGCGUUCACGGCUCUGCUACUCCUUCGAUGCGAUCCUAUGACGCUGCGGGAACUUUCAACUCUCAAGACGAAGAUGGCGAGCAGGAUAUUCAGGAAGUCUGGUUUCCUGGAUGCCAUGCAGACAUCGGAGGAGGCUGGCCUCUUGGUGAUGACGACGCAGCACUGAGCCACGUAGCCCUGGUGUGGAUGGUGCGCGAAGCUCAAAAAGCUGGGCUCGACUUUGACGAAGACAAGCUCGCAGCUCUGAGUUGCUGCCACGAGGAGCCCACAACCAACGUGUCGCGAGCGCAGAACAACAUCCCGAUGAUUGCAAUCGAUCCUGCGUCGCCCUCACCCGUCAUCGCCAAUUCGGGCGCGCAAUCCGUCGACACAGCUGGCUACACUGACGACGACAACAUCCUUUCGCACCAUCGCGAACACCCUAACACGCAUUUCCACAAACAUUUCCACAGCGCUGCGACCAAAGGCCGUAUCCACGACGUCCUGCAAUUCAACAAUGGUGCCAAUCGCAUGGGCGUCGUUUCGUGGAACAUAAUGGAGUACCUGCCUUUCCGACGCAUGGACUUACAGGAGGAUGGGACAUGGAAAGCGAUCCGAUGGCCUUUGCCCAAGGGUGAGACGCGCGACAUACCCGCGAAUGCCGUCAUCCACAGCAGCGUGAUUAAGCGUAUGCGCGCGGAUCCAACCUACCGACCAGGCAAUCUGAUUGUAGGUGGCGGUGGAAGAGGUGUCAGGCACGCUCCCAAGGACAUGGGUAUGGGCCAAUGGGUCGUUGCGUGCGAUGAGGGCCAUCAUGUAGGCGAGUGCUUCAUGCGCAGAAGCCCACCUGAGAGAACAAAGACGGAGGAAAUGGAGCAGCCAGCGUGCGUGGGUGGCAUGCAAGGAAACUACUUCGCUGGCCGCAAGAGGUCGACUGCUCUGUAG